CAGGCGAACGUGGAGCGAAGACAAAUCGGAGAAAGUGUCAGAGAAACAACAGGGUUCAGCCGUGCAGAGCUUUCUUUUGGUGGGGAUGACAGAGACGACACGAGGAUGUAGAGCACCUGCGGUGAGCAGCGAGUUGCGGGAUUCGUGGCUUUGAUUCCGGUUUAGAUGCGUGAGCAGCUCCGCGCCAGUGAUGAGGGCGCUGCUUUUGUGGAUUCUGACAGCAGCUGGGAUUCAACAGGCCUACGCCCUGAAUUCCACUGCAAUGCCCCUCUCCACAGCCUUCACCCCACCACCCACAGACGCUUAUAACCGCACACAGUACUGUAAGUGGCCCUGUGAGUGUCCAGAGGUCCCUCCCAAGUGUCCACCAGGCGUGAGCCUCCUCACAGAUGGCUGCGAGUGCUGCAAGGCCUGCGCCCGACAGGUAGGCGAGGUCUGCAAUGAGGCCGACACCUGCGACUACCACAAGGGGCUGUACUGUGACUACAGCUCAGACAAGCCGAGGUACGAAAAGGGAGUGUGUGCAUAUAUGGUGGGAACAGGCUGUGAGCACAAUGGUGUGAUCUACCGUAAUGGGCAGAGCUUCCAGCCCAGCUGCAAAUACCAGUGCGUGUGCGUGAACGGUGCCAUUGGCUGCGUGGCGCUGUGCUCCGAGUCCCAGCCUCCUCGAGUGUGGUGCCAAAACCCACGGCGCAUCAAAGUCCGGGGGCAGUGCUGCGAAAAGUGGAUCUGUGACGAGCCCAGAAGGGGGCGCAAGGCCGCACCGCGACAUGCAGUGGAGGCUCUGCCAGCCAAGAACAGGAGCUGGGACAAUAACUGCAUCUCCCAGACUACCUCAUGGAGCCCCUGCUCUAAGACCUGCGGCCGCGGCCUCUCUUUGAGGAUCUCCAACGCCAACGACCAGUGCCAGAUGGUCAAGGAGUCUCGCCUCUGCAACCUGCGGCCAUGUGAGGUUGACAUCACCAAUCACAUCAAGCCGGGAAAAAAAUGCUUGAACAUCUACAGAGAAGACCAACCCCUGAACCUUACGCUCUCCGGCUGCACCAGCAAGAAGCAAUAUAGGCCCAAAUACUGCGGCGUCUGCACGGAUGAACGAUGCUGCAUCCCUUACAAAUCCAAAACCAUCGAUGUGGAGUUCGAGUGUCCCAAUGGGGCUGGAUUCACGUGGAAGAUGAUGUGGAUCCAGGCCUGUUUUUGCAACCUAAGCUGCAGAAAUCCCAACGACAUCUUUGCUGAGCUGGAGAAUUACUACGGUUACCCAGAGGUUAUAGACUAACGAGAAGUCAAAUUGUGCCGUUUUCUAUUUGGUUUGACAUUUUUCCUAUUGGAAAAACAUGUAAAUAUGAAACGAAUGUCUCCAAAAUGAAUGAAUGAGGCAUAAGAUUAUAACUGCCUCAUGAAAAAAAAAUUAAAUGUUUGUGUCUAAACUAAUUUUUUCAGGCAUCUUGUUUUGCUUUUUAAUACCAAAAGGUCACUUUUGCUGCAUUUCCAAACUUCCCAGAUGAUGCUGCUUGACAUUUUUACCAAAAUAUCAGAUUUUUGUAAACAAGUAUGCAAUAAUCACAGCAUAUGAAUCUGUUACAGGUUUUUAUUGUUUUAUUUUUAAAUAAAUACAAAUGUAUGCCUUUUUUAUGCAUUUCUACACUAUUAGAUGGUUUGUGCAUUGCAUCUUUACAAAGCUGUGAGUCUUCUAUAAAAGUAGAACGUUGCUGUAGUGCAAUUAAAAUAGUGGAGUAAAAUAUGUCCGGUUACGUUCUAGGGCUAAUCCUCAUGUUAGCAUGUGGACUUCCUGUCUCUUUACUCACCCCACAAAUCCACAACCAUAAAGGAGCGUCACAUUUUGAAAAGUGAACAAUUCCAUGGCACUUUUUUUUUGUUCCAUUUCACUUCAUUGCAAUGGGAAAAAACAAACAACUGAAGCUUUACCAAGAUUUAUCAAUAAAACAUAACAUGCAAAAGCUUUGAAUUUAUCUUGGGGCAUAAUCAGAUUAAUUAAAGCAUAUAUCAACUGUGGAAUGUUAUUUUUAAAUUGAUCACUUGUCUCCCCGACAUCUUUGUUUUACAUCACUGUUGAAAAAUGAGAAUAUAAAAUGAUAAUUGGCAAAAAAA